AAGGGCGAUUUAAUCUAAUAAAUGGGCUUAUUUCAAGGAGGCUGCAGUCUUGGAAGCUAGUUGCUGCCUAUUUGUGCUGGGCGGGACUUCAGUACGAGUAAGCAUGCAUGGGGUUGGGACGAGCGCAUCUUUCUGCCUCUUUUUUGCUCUGUCAUAGGAUGGGAAUUGUGCGGUGGCUGAAACAGCAAUGCAGAUGAGUACAGUAUGUAAUUUAUACGUUAGGCUGCCAGGCAUUGCGUGAGUGAGGCUGACCAAGCAUUUUUGGAAGAUGCUUCAUCUUUUGUCUCGAAUUUCUAUGUUAAAAUAUAUUGAUAUGGAUAUUUAUUUUAUUAAUAACUGUAAAACAGUUUGAAAAAAAUCUAUGUAAGUGUAGUGCCUCUUAUGAGGCCAGGAUCAUAAAACAUGUGGAAGGUUCUGGCUUGCUUAAUGAAGCUUUUGCUCUAAUAUGGAGAAUGAUACAAGUCUUGGAUCCAAGACCCCUCCCCAGUUCUAUCAUGCCUGUCGAUGUAGCCAUGAGAAUAUGCUUAGCCCAUUCACCCCCUGUAAAGAGUUUUCUCAACCCACUUGAUGGAUAUCAAAGAAGAAACUUUGUGGACCGAUUUAAGCCUCUCAGACCAUGCCUCAAUGUGAAACGGGAAACUGAGUCCCAAAGCAAUGAUUGGAAAAUCUCUGCCAGACGGGCCAAGAAGAGAGUUGUAUUUGCAGAUUCCAAAGGCCUUGCUCUGACUGCAAUUCAUGUCUUCUCAGAAUUCCAGGAGAAUCCUGCGUGGGAUCUUCAGUUUGAAUUGUUAGACCUUGAAGACAUAACAGCUGGCCUGAAAUUACAUGAGGAAAAGCACUUGAUUUUGGGUUUCACUCAGCCUUCAGCUGACUACUUAGAUUUCCGAAACCACUUACAGAAGAACUUCGUGUGUCUUGAAAACUGCACUCUCCAAGAAAGGGCUGUGUCAGGAACUGUGAAAGUUAAAAAUGUGAGUUUUGAGAAGAAGGUGAGGAUUCGGAUCACCUAUGAUUCAUGGCAAACCUAUUCUGACAUUGAUUGUAACUACAUGAACAAUGUUUAUGGAGACUCUGACAAUGACACUUUUUCCUUUGCUUUUGACUUGCCUUCGGCCAUUCCUGCUGAACAAAAGAUUGAAUUUUGUGUGUAUUACCAAAGCGGUGAGAAUAUCUUCUGGGAUAAUAAUGAUGGGCAGAACUACAAGAUUGUCCAUGCAGAAUGGAAAUCUGAUGGAGUCCAAGCACCAGCAUCUCCCAGGAAAGACUACGUGACACUCAGACCCUCAAGAAAAACACAUGAAACAGGCUGUGAACAACUUGGGAGCCCUCGGAUAUCCAAUGGCUUUUUCCCUGAAUGGCAAAGUUGGGGCAGGAUUGAAAAUUCCUCUCCGUAUUGGUGAAUGGAAUAAACCACAGAGAUGACUGCUGUCAAUGGCUGUAUAUCACCAGUCUUCAGCUUCUUAAUUUGCAGUAUAAGGAAACCUAGAAGGUUUGCUGACUACAGAAACAAAAGUACUAGCCACAAUUGAGACUUGGGAAAAUUCAGUGACAAUGUCACCUAGUAUUCAAUGGCACAUGUGAGCAAAAUGUGUGACUUUGAUUCUGCUGGUCAUUUGCCUUAACUUGGGUAAUGGGGUCAAGGGAAAGGCUUGUUGGAAGGUAACUGUGGGGUGGCUUUGGGGAAACUAAUUGUAUGAAGGUUGUUGAACAUAAACAAAGUACCUGCUUUAAGUUGGAACAGAGACCAUGAGAGAUACUGAACUGCUAAAAAUGAGACCUGAAUCCAGGCUAGACAAGUCUUGAUUAUAACACAAUUCAUUGUUUAGGUGUCUGGUACAGAAAUACCUUUCAUUAUGAAUAAGGCUGGAAUGAAAGAGACUGAAGAAGCAGAAGUAAGAUAUACUAUAUUACAGAGGGAAAUUAAGUUUUGGGGAGAUCUGGUCUUUACGAAUCCUUGAAGAAUUUAUUUUAGGGUUUUAAAGAGCUGUAAUAUACAACAACUAUUUCCCCACAAAAUUAGGGUUGCUACCAUUGUAUCCCAAGAGAGAGAUUUUGCCUUGGAGUAAUUUGGCAGACAAAAUGUAUCUUUCCUCAUCAGUGUAUUGUGGGGAGCAGGGGUUACCUGUUCUACUUCUGCCUGCCAGGACUGGGUAUGUAUGGAGGAGGUGAGAGGAAGUGUUUAAGAAAUAAGGAGCUGGAAACUGAUAUAUACACAUACAUAUACGCACAUGAAUAUAGGCACCCUGCAUAGUUGUAAACUGGUUUCUGUAACAUGACUUCCAACUUGCUAUUUAAUGGCCUAACUUUGCUUUCCUACACUUGCAAAACCUCACUUCACAGUAGAUCUCCAUCAUAUAUACACAAAACCUAUGCCUGAAACAAAAUCCAAUAGGGUGUUCCAAGUUUAGACUGUUUCAUUUUUUAAAGAGUUUUGUGAAAUGCCUUAAUAUGUAGAUAUUGGCUGCUGCGUCUGCUGAACUUGCCUUGUAAAAGUAGACCCAUUUUCCUAUUAUCUUGCUCGUUGUUGCAGAGUUUAGUAACAUUUCUUCUCUAAAAAUAGCUCUUCACAACAGUAAAAUAAACCUAAGCCGUUUAAAGUCCUUCAUAUUGAAGGGGUGAUAUGUAACUGCACUUCUCAAGCUAGUCAGUUUCAAGUAACAGAGUGUGCAUCUUACACAUACAUAGAAAUAGUUUUCUACUCACUUUCUCAUACCUCAUUUGUCUUCUGUAGUUCUUAUGGAUGUAGAAAGCUUUGUAUGCCUGUGUGUGUGUGUUUUGUUUUAAUUGUAGUGUUCCCCCAAUAUAUCACAUUCUGUAAAUAAUAGUGUGGGAAUGUAGCAUUGGCACAGGCUGUAUAAAGCACAGUCGAUCAGGAUGAAAGUGCACACAUACUUCUGUGUUCGUGUAUCAGUGUUUGUAGUGGUAAUGUCCAUGGAACCGGCUAAUCAAAACAUUGUCACACCAAUAACGAUACAAAAUUUGCUUUGCUAAAAACAAAGGUGGGGAGCUUCUUCCACCUUUACUGCAUUGUACUACUGUGUAAACAGUUCACUUUAAAAAUAAAUUUUGUUUUGCUAACCAUGGCAA